AUGGGGGAGCAGCCCAUCUUCAGCGCCCGAGCUCAUGUUUUCCAGAUUGACCCAGCUACCAAACGCAACUGGCUGCCGGCUAGCAAGCAUGCCGUCACUGUGUCCUUCUUCUAUGAUGCCAGCCGCAACGUCUACCGCAUCAUUAGUGUGGGCGGGACGAAAGCUAUCAUCAAUAGCACCAUCACCCCGAAUAUGACCUUCACCAAAACCUCCCAGAAGUUUGGUCAAUGGGCUGACAGUCGGGCUAACACAGUAUAUGGCCUCGGCUUUUCCACAGAGCAGCAGCUGCAGCAGUUUGCAGAACAAUUUAAGGAGGUCAAGGAGGCGGCCCGGCUGGCCAGAGAAAAAUCCCAGGAGAGGUACGAACUGGCCAAUCCUGCUCUCAGCAUCGCUGCCCCACAGCUGUCUCAGGAGCUGUCAGAGGACCGUCAUUCUCCACCACUUCUGACAGUUAACGGGCCGGGGGAGGAAAAGCUGUUUCGCAGUAAAAGUGCAGAAGUGGAGCUAACAGUGGAGAAGGAGAAGGUCAAGAAGAUGUUGUCUGAAGGGUCCAUGUGUGAAAUCAAUCUGGAGGCAGAACUUUUCACCUUACAGGACAGUAACGCCAAGCUUGUGGCAGCACUGCAGGAGGCCAAUGGCAGCGUGGAGCAGUGGAAGCAGCAGUUGGCUGAAUACCAGGAGGAAACGGAUCGACUUAGAGAGCAGGUGGCAGAGUUGGAGGCUCAACUUGGCCAUCCUGCUGCUGCUGCUCACACUGAUAAAGAGGAGCUUAGCCGCUCACUGGAAGAGCUGGAAGCCCUGCUUUGUGCCAAAGACCAGGAAAUACACAGUCUACAGAGCAAGAGAACUGAUGUGGGGGAGCUAGAAAGGGAGAGAGAAGAGGCCAUACAGAGACUCCAGGACCUUGAAAGACGAAACACUGAGCUGGAGGUCCAAAUUAGGAGCACUGAAAAGACGCUGAACUCCAACAGGGAAGAACGUGAAAAGGCAGAAGUCGAAGUUCGACAUUUCCUCGAGGCCCUCGAUGUGAAAAUCUGCGACUUGAAUGACUUGAGACAAAGUCUGGCAAACCUGGUCGAUAAGUAG